AUGGUGGUGAACUGGAAGAACCACGAGAGCAUAGACCGUCUCAUUGCAUCUCUACUUGCAGCCCACCCAGAUCUCAAGCUCGACUACCACGCCAUGGCUCUCUUUUUUGGACAAGGAUCGACAUAUGACUCAAUCGAGGGCCGAUUCCGCCGCUAUCGCAAGAUAGCAGACGAGCUGAGAGACGAAGCCCACAGCCGUGGCAUCACAGGUAUCCCCCGCAAUGCAGGGCGCAACUAUACAUCAGGUAGAAGCGCCACUUCAACCCCUAGAACUCCUCGAGGCCCACGUGGCAUCACCAAGAGCACCCCAUCAUCCAGCAGGAGCAGAAAUUGUCACCAGACCCCAGCCAAGCGAAAUACCAAGCCUGGUAGAACUGCCAUGGAUGCAAUCUAUGUCGAUGAUGUCGAUACAGAGGAGGAGUCGAAGAUUGAACCUGAGAUUCCUAGUGUUCCUUCUGACAGCGGAGAGGACGAUGUCAAGGUUGUUGAUUCUCCAAGCAUCAAGAUUAAAAAGGAAAGAGUUGAGCACAAUACGGCUGGUCUCUUUUCUGCCAUGACUCCCAAAAAGGAGGAACAAACUAGCGGCUUUGGACCCAGUGCAGUGUCGACCCCUGCACGUGGUAUUCAGGGUCAUGACGGAGCCCGUUACCCUGUCGCGAUGAAUGAGGAUCCAUUCAGUAUGAUCAGAGAUUACUUGAAACAUGAGCACGGCGGCAACAUGGACGACAUUUAUCGCGGAGCAGCUUAA